UGAUAAACCAUUGGUUUUUAUAGACAUGACGUGUAGUCAAGUGUUACACACUUUGCAUUCAACUUAUUGAUUUCAAGUAUUUUUGACUCGUUUGGUAAAUAAUGAAGUUGUUGUGGUUGUCAUCAAUUUAUACCAUAAUUGGUUUGAUUGAGUGUCACCUAAACACAAGUGAAGAGUCGUGUUCUUCGGAUGGUUUUUGUCCGGAUGUUAACUAUGGUCCACACUCUCCAUACAUUCCCUGCAGUUAUUUACCUAUGGAUUUCUUGGAAUGUGAUCCACUAUAUGAUCAUAAGGGCAACGAAACUGCCAAAGAGGUGAUGGGUUAUGGAUGUACUAAAUUUGGGGCCCAAAAAUACGAAGACAUGCAGUUUACGUCCCGAAACUGUACUGUUUUAGAUGGUAUUGACUGCUUUGGAUCUAAAAAUUUUAUGAAACCCAACUUUCCUUGUGUUAAAUAUACCGGUCAUUAUUUUGUGACCACUUUAUUAUACUCAUUAUUAUUGGGUUUCCUGGGAAUGGAUCGCUUCUGUUUGGGUCAUACGGGCACAGCUGUGGGUAAACUAUUGACAUUGGGUGGGGUUGGCAUUUGGUGGAUUGUCGACAUUGUACUACUUGUUACCGGACAUCUAGUCCCUGAAGAUGCCAGCAAUUGGAUGCCAACCGCUUAGAUAUCAAUACAUUUAAAACAGUUGUAUAUAAUUGUAAAUAAUAUAUAAUAUUAUG